AUGUCGGACAGCGAUCAGUAUCGAAUGAAGAGAAAUCAGCUGAUCUGGCAGCUAAACUCUUACUAUUAG